UUCAGUUAAACCCUGCAAAUGGCUUUGAAACCGACUUCGUGUAAGGAAGCCCUCGCGCGGUGGGAGAAGGCAAAGGAGCAAGUGGCCACAGAAGCCACGGUGAUAGAGCUCCAGUUCCAGUGGCCACCCAUCGAGAAAAUGGACGGAGUUCUCUCAACGCUAGUCGCUUGCGAGAAACUGAGUUUAUCGUCCAAUAUGAUCGACAAAAUAGCUGGAAUCGCAGGCAUGAAGAAUUUGAAGAUACUGUCCUUGGGCAGGAACAACAUUAAAUCUUUGGCAGGAAUUGAGACAGUCGCCGAUACGCUGGAAGAGCUGUGGAUGAGCUACAAUCCCAUAGACAAGCUGAAAGGCAUAGGAGCGAUGAAAAACUUACGUGUGUUCUAUUUGUCAAACGCGCUGAUCAAGGAAUGGGCUGAAUUUAACCGUAUGCAGGAGUGCCCAGCCUUGAGAGACCUGGUGUUCAGUGGGAACCCUGUAUGUGACAGUCAGCCCGACGUGGAUACCUGGCGAACCCAAGCCUCCAACCGUCUUCCGCAGAUCACCAAACUCGACGGCAUUCCUGUCAUUAGGGAGUAAUGCUCAUUUGAAUGAGCCAGGGGCUUCUUGUGUCGAGCCCCCUACAGUAUUUCUAAAAUAUAACGCACCUAUAUCAGAAUCUAUCCCCCUUGGUUGGGAUAGGAACUCCUACAAUAAGCUCAAGAGGUACGG